UGUUGAAGAAGCAGAGAACGAAGAAGGAAAAAGAGAACAGCCUAAAGCUUUCGAAAAUGGUUUCAAUGGCAGCACCGGCAACAAAUGCUUAUUUUGGCUAUGUAUCCAAGGCUCGCAUCUGUCAAUACCAGAAUUCUAUACCGCGCCACAGACCCGUUCAUUGCCGGCAGCAAACCGACGCCGGCGAGAAUGAGAAUAAACCAAUCAGCGACCAAAUUGCUCGAAGGGAGAUUAUACUGAGGAGCAGCGAGUUAGCUGUAAUUGGAGCCAUUUUCAAUUUCAGUGGUAAAAAACCUGAAUAUUUGGGUGUACAGAAGAAUCAACAAUCACUAGCUUUAUGUCCGGCUACCAAAAAUUGUAUCUCUACUUCAGAAAAUAUUAGCGAUCUUACUCAUUAUGCCCCACCUUGGAACUACAAUGGAAAUAGAAAGAAGCCUGUGAGUAAAGAAGUGGCAAUGCAAGAGCUUCUUCAAGUGAUAGAAUCAACAAAACCGGAUAAGUUUACGCCAAGUAUUGUAGAAGAGAAUGAAAAUUAUGUUCAUGUGGAAUACCAAAGUCCGAUUUUAGGGUUGGUGGAUGAUGUUGAGUUCUGGUUUCCUCCAGGCAAUAACUCGAUCGUCGAGUAUAGAUCUGCUUCGCGGUUGGGUAAUUUCGACUUUGACUACAAUAGAAAGAGAAUCAAGACAUUGCGAGAAGAAUUGGAGAAAAAAGGGUGGGCUUCUGCUGACAGAUUCUGAAGAUAACAGAAUAGAACAGACUAGUCAAGAGCUGAUAGUUGCUGACUUUAUGCUGUAAAUCUCUCAUUUUGUUGAGCAAUGAAAUUCAAAAUACAAACACAUUGAUUCGAUCAGUCUUUAUUCCUUUAUGUAAAUUAUAGAUAAAUAAAAGAACAGAAGCAAACUUUAAAUUA